AUGAAGCAAAGCAAUAUGACAGUUCUUUGUAUUACUGUGUUGGUUUUAUUAUAUUUUCAAGGAGUAUGUUAUGGUUAUUAUAGUACAAAUGGUGGGAAUGUUUCUUUAAGUGAUGUUACGAACCGAUUUUUUGUUCAUUUGCGUCCAGACGACUUGGACCUUGUUCAAGAUGAGCUUAAAACUCAUUCUCUUACAUACCAUAGCAAGGUCGUCGAUAACUUGCACAUUUUCGAAAAUAAAAGUAAUACCAUUUAUAGAGCAACUUACUUGGAGCUGGACAGACUUAAAGCCAACAUUAAAGGGAAAAUUAGACAAAUUGAGCAGUGUCGAAGGUUACUAGUAGAAAAUGACAAAGGAAAUAAUACCGCUAAGAAAGAUACUAGGAUGAAAAGCUUGGCACCCAAAUUCAGAAUGGCUCAGAACAUCGCGAAUCCGAACGCUAUGGAUGAGGCCCAUAGUUUGUUGGUAUGUCCACCGUAUUGGGAUAAUCAGGAAGGGAUAGAUGAGGUAUGGAAUUCCUCUGUGACAGGACACGGCGUGUUGAUUGCUGUCACGGAUAUUGGUAUGGAUGUUCAUCAUCCGGAGCUCCACCCGAACAUAGAGAUGUCUUUGCGGUGGAACAUUGUCAACAACAACACUGAUGUCUCUCCAGAACAUUUCCCUAACUACUACGAAUCUUUCGUAACAACCAAUCAUGGGAACGACUGUGGUUCGGUUAUUGCUGGUGUGAGAGGAAACAAUCUUUGCAGUGCUGGUGUUGCUCCGGACGCAAAACUUGUCCCUUUGAAAUUUGGCAAAGUGGUGGAGUUUAUGUGGGAUAGACCAGUUGUUUUUGAUGAUAGUCUGUCGAAAGCCUUGGCGUAUAGACACGACCGAAUCGAUAUAUAUUCCAACAGCUGGGACUUCGGCAGAUCUUUCAGACCGCUGGAUAUUGGUUCGGCAUCGGCGAUUAAAGAAGGUAUCAAAAAGGGCCGAAAUGGAAAAGGUAGUAUUUAUGUGUUCCCUGCUGGUCGACGGGGCAACGGCUUUGCUAACAGCAUCUACACAAUUGCAGUCAACAACAUCGGGGCACGAGGAAAGGUACCGAAAACCGCGUAUGCAAAUUCCGCCACGCUUGUUUCAUCCUUCGGGAAAGGGCGAACGAGAACGUCUAAAAACAUGAUAACUGCUUUCAAUGAAAGAAGACGGCAAUGCUGGAAUAAGUUUGGUGGUUCCUCCGCUACUACAGCGAAACUUGCAGGAAUAUGUGCGCUCAUUUUAGAUGCUGGGAAAAGGCAUGACAAAAUCUUAUCCGGGAGAGAUGUACAACACAUCCUUGUACAAGCAGCUACCCGUGAAGGUCUUAUUGAAACAGAACAUUUUAGGAAAAAUGGCGCUGGUCUGUAUUAUCAUGAUGUGUUUGGAUUUGGAUAUGUCGAUGUACAGAAAGCUGUUAAACUAGUUUCAAAAUGGUCUGAAACGAAAACAAUGCUUUCACAUCAAGUCGUUCCAAAAAGAACAAGCGUUGAUAGCCAAAGAGAAGUGUUUGUUGGACUUUUUCCAAAUAACAGCAACGUCAAAAUAACCCAAGUCGAAUAUGUCACCGUUGAAAUGCCACCACAUAUCUUGCGAGGAAAGAUAUUUGCCAGGUUAACUUCACCAAGCGGUACAAGCAUUAUUCUAGCAAACGAGACAGAACCGAUCAGUGAAAUAGGUGAGCGUGAAUACAUCCAGUUUGCAACGCCGAUGUUUUGGGGUGAAAACGAUGCUGGAGAAUGGACUUUAGAACUUGAAGGAAGAACUAACACAGAUCGAAACGAACACAAGCACUUGCAUCUGACUGUUUUUGGAACAGGUGAAAGGAACUCAGACAAUAAGGAAGCCCAUGAAAGAAAACGUGAUGAAUUCAACAAAACUUUGAAUAACGAGCACUUUAACGAUACAGGUGAACCCAUCUCGAAGAAAGAUUUCAUCAUAGAAUUUUUAACUCCUGUGGCUUAUAUAACGGGGCCAGUUUAUGUUUUGUUUGGUUUCUAUGUUUGCUUUAAAUACAAACGUUUUAGAAAACACCUUUGGAAAUUGUUGUCCUUAGUGAUAUGUCAAAUUGCAGUUGUUUUGCUAUUUGUUUUGAUAAUACUCGUUUGCUGAAAAGUACUUAUAACGUACAAAAAUAUUGUCAAACAAAGUAAACCACACCAUUCAUAGAAAUGUUUUUUUUUCUCCAAUUUCUGUGGUGUAAAAGCAGUGUUUUAAAAUCAAAUAUUUUGAUCUGAACUUUGUUUCCAACUUGAUGUUAUAAUUCCAUGAAUGAAUGCUAACUUCUUAUAACAUUGUUUUCUUUACUGAGUUUAAAGACCGUGUCAUGUUUAAAAAAAGGAACAAUGUCCUUUCAUACAAGUUAUUGCUUUGUCUUUCAUAAGCCACACUGUUUCUUCAUUUAAAGUCGAUUGUCUUCCCCUGUAUGCUUUCCAAUUUCCAAGCUUGUUUAUAAUACAUGUGGUAACAAAAAAACAUGACCGGGAGCAUUUCUUUCAACCAAAAAAGUUUAAUAUCCAAAAAAAGGCUCAAAGAACUUGUGUGCUAAAACAAAUGUAAGGUAUAAUCUUGAUCUCGUUAACAAGUUUAAAUCGCAUGCGAUCCCUUGGUUUGUUGAAAAAUUAAAGGCGGUAAGCACAACGUUUAGGAAUUAAGAUAUGUUGAUGCAUAUUUGCUGUGUCUUUGUGGUAUAGUGGAGCUGAAUGUAUUGAGUAUCUUCGAGGCCUCGAACUUUGGACCUCCUCCAAAGAGGCUUGUUGUUAAAUCUUUUACUACUUUGUAAGUUUCUAUGAUUUGUAUUGUAUUACUCUUUUGAUAAAAUCAAUAAAUGUUGCGCAUAACUA